AUGCGCUUGACGAUCCCAUUCUUGUGCUGCAGGCAGCAUUCCGGGUGGAGAGUGAGAAAAAGACGCGAUUUCUAGGCCUUAGAACAAAACAACCCAAGAAGCUCAUUUGCCGAGACGAACCUAAGCCUUAAAACAUAAUAUGGGCAGACCCCAGGAAAACACGUUGGGAUGUGAUCUGCCCUCCAACCUUCUCCGUUUGCUGCUCUGAUUGCCGCUCCCCAAAAACCACAGUUUCAAACACUGCAACAGCGGUUUGGUUCCAAGUAAAACCCCAAGUAACAGGCACUACUUUCUCCAGCUGCUGCCCAGCCACACAUGGUGCAUUGCUGCCAUUCCCAAAGCCCGACUUCAUCAGUCCCGUGGGCAAAGCCACUAGCUUGCUGGUGUGCUUACAGUUGCCACAAAAGGGACGGCCCUUUUUGAUAAUUGUUUUCCUGGUCACCAAACUACCAUCCAAGUAGUACAGUUUACCUUCCUGAAGCUUUGAGCUCUCAGGAUCUCUUGCAAUCACCCAUCUUUUUAGCUGGGAAGACUGACAAAGGCAGAGAAGGGCAUUCUUCAAGGCCAGGUUGAUGGAGUCCAACAUGGAGAGCUGCUUAGCGCAGGUCCUGCAAAAAGAUGUGGGCCGUCGUCUCCAGGUGGGACAAGAGAUCAUCGAUUACAUCUUGGAUAAAGACAAGUCUCAUGACCUUGAACAGGAUCAGACUGCCCUUGACAAGAUGAUUGAUGGCAUUGCCAGCUCCUGGGUCAAUUCCAGCAACUUCAAGGUGGCUCUGCUAGGCUUGGAUCUCCUCUCUGCUUUAGUGACGAGGUUACAAGAGAGAUUUAGGGCCCAUGUCGGAACAGCUCUACCUAGUCUGAUUGAUCGAUUGGGAGAUGCUAAAGACCAAGUAAGAGAACAAGACCAAGCACUGCUGCUUAAGAUCAUGGAACAAGCUGCAUCUCCACAGUAUGUGUGGGACAGAAUGCUUGGUGGUUUCAAGCAUAAGAACAACAGGACCAGGGAGGGAGUCUGCCUUUGCCUUAUUGCCACAUUGACCAUGUAUGGAGCCCAAGGCUUGACUCUCAGUAAGAUUGUCCCCCAUAUAUGUAACCUGUUAGGGGAUCCCACAAGCCAGGUACGAGAUGGGGCUAUGAGUUGUUUGGUGGAGAUCUACCGGCAUGUGGGUGAGAGGGUGAGGAUGGAUCUCAGCAAGAAGGGCCUGCCUCAGUCACGGUUGAAUGUAAUCUUCAGCAAAUUCGACGAAGUUCAGAGAUCUGGGAACAUGAUCUCCUCUUCUGGCUCAGAUAAGAACUUUGAAGAUGAGGACUCUGUUGAUGGAGGCCGGUCCUCCUCUUCCUCAUCCUCCAAAGCACCUCCAAGUGGCAGGAGGACUGUAAUGACUGCUAGAAGACCCAGCUCAGCAACCCCAGCAAAGGCCACAGGUAAAGAAGCAGCUGCUGGUGCUGUUGAUGAAGAGGAUUUCAUAAAAUCUUUUGAAGAUGUGCCCUCCGUCCAGAUUUACUCGAACAGAGAGCUGGAAGACCAGCUGACAAAGAUUCGAGAAAUUCUGUCAGAUGACAAGCAUGACUGGGAGCACAGAGUAGUAGCGCUAAAAAAAGUUCGCUCGCUCAUGCUGGCUGGGGCGGCGGAGUAUGAAGGCUUCCCUCAGCAGCUCCGUCUGUUGGAGGCACCGCUCAAACUGUCGGCUAAAGAUCUACGCUCCCAGGUGGUCCGCGAGGCCUGCAUCACUCUCGGACAUUUAUCAUCAUUGUUGGGUAACAAGUUUGACCAUGGAGCAGAGAGCGUUAUGCCUAUACUGCUGAACCUUGUGCCCAACAGUGCCAAAAUCAUGGCCACAUCUGGAAUGGCUGCCAUCCACCUCAUUCUCAGGCAUACACACUACCCACGUCUUAUCCCCAUCAUUACAAGUAACUGCACAUCUAAAUCAGUCGCAGUCAGGCGACGCUGUUAUGAAUUUUUAGACCUGAUGCUGCAAGAGUGGCACACAAAUACAUUGGAAAGGCAUGUGGCUGUUUUAACUGAGACCAUCAAGAAAGGCAUACACGAUGCAGACUCAGAGGCCAGAUCCAUUGCAAGGAAGUGUUAUUGGGGUUUCCAUGGUCACUGUAGUCGAGAGGCAGAGCAUCUCUUCCAAGCGCUGGAGUCCACAUAUCAGAAAGCACUUCAGAGCCAUUUGAAGAGCUCGGACAGCAUUAUGUCUCUACCCCAGUCGGAUCGUUCCUCAUCAUCUUCCCAGGAGAGUCUGAACCGACCCUUCUCAGUGAAGACGGUCAUUGGAGGCAGCAUAGCGAGAACUAAACUCGUGAGCACCCGAAUGCCCAUUACAUCGGGUUCCCUCCAGCGUUCACGUAGCGACGUUGAUGUAAAUGCUGCCUCCACUGCCAAGUCCCGGGUGCCCCCUGUACCUGCGUCUUCGGCGUUCAGCUCAGCAGCUGCCCUCCCCCCUGGAUCUUAUGCCUCCUUAGAUGGCAGCCCUGGUAAAAGCGAUGGUCGUGUUCGUACCAGAAGGCAAAGUUCCGGCAGUGCAAGCGGAGCCAGUCCUUCAGUGGUGGAUAGUAGAGGUCGGAGCCGAGCAAAAGUGGUUUCUCAGUCUCAGCGAUCCAGAUCAGCCAAUCCCAUCAGUGCUGGCAGUCGCUCCAGCUCCCCAGGCAAACUGCUCGGACACAGCAGCUAUGGUCGGAUCCCUCGGGCAACAGCAUCUGCCUCCAAUACACCAGCUGACAAACGCAGCAGGAUCCCUCGCAGCCAAGGGUGCAGCCGAGAGACUAGCCCGAGUCGAAUGGGCUUAGCCAGCUUGUGUGGUAAAAAAGCUCUUCUCCCUGCUGCUCUUCCCUACCGCACGCUAGCCCGGAGCCGCAUACCCCGCCCCAGCAUGAGUCAGGGUUGCAGUCGCGACACUAGUCGCGAGAGCAGCCGUGACACCAGCCCUGCUCGUGGCUUUACUCCUCUGGCUUCCCGACGGCACUCCCGUUCAACCAGUGCUCUCACUGCUGACCCCCAUGGCCCGUCAGAGCGUUAUGGUUUGAUUCACCAAGCUAGAAUCUCGGCAUCAGUCAAUGCUAUGAGGGUUCUUAACACUGGGACAGAGGUGGAGGCGGCAGUGGCCGAUGCUCUGUUAUUAGGAGACUCCAGGAAUAAGAGGAAGCCAAUGAGACGGCGGUACGAAUCACCAGGGAUGUACUCCGAUGAUGACGCAAACAGCGACGCCUCCAGUGCCUGCUCAGAACGUUCUUAUGGCUCAAGAAACGGCGGCAUUCCGCAUUAUCUUCGCCAGACUGAGGAUGUGGCGGAGGUGCUGAACCACUGUGCCAGCUCGAAUUGGUCAGAGCGGAAGGAAGGCCUUCUUGGACUGCAGAAUCUCCUCAAGGGUCAAAGAAUAUUAAGCCGAGUGGAGCUCAAGAGACUUUGUGAAAUCUUCACAAGAAUGUUUGCAGAUCCGCACAGCAAGGUUUUCAGCAUGUUCCUCGAGACUCUUGUGGAUUUUAUCACAGUGCAUCGAGACGAUUUGCAAGACUGGCUGUUUGUCCUUCUCACUCAAUUGCUGAAGAAGAUGGGGGCAGACCUGCUUGGCUCAGUCCAAGCCAAAGUCCAAAAGGCCCUGGACAUCACAAGGGAAUCUUUCCCAUUUGACCAACAGUUCAAUAUUUUGAUGAGAUUCAUUGUUGAUCAGACACAGACACCAAACCUGAAGGUAAAGGUAGCAAUUUUGAAGUACAUUGAGUCUUUGGCACGGCAAAUGGACCCAACAGACUUUAUCAACUCCAGUGAGACUCGCCUGGCUGUGUCACGCAUUAUCACGUGGACCACUGAACCCAAAAGCUCUGAUGUCAGGAAGACCCUACAUUACUGGGUGAGUGAGGAACUAGCUGGCGGAAUCAAUACUGCAGCCUUACUGUCCAGUGAGAGCCACCUGCAAGAGAGGUGUAAGCAGGCAGCCCAGGUGGUGCUGAUAUCAUUAUUUCAGCUCAACACACCAGAGUUUACGAUGCUGCUGGGAGCUCUGCCGAAGACGUUCCAGGAUGGCGCCACCAAAUUAUUGCACAACCACCUGAAGAACUCCAGCAAUACGAGUAGCUGUGUGGGGUCUCCAAGUAACACCAUUGGUUGCAUGCCACCUCGCCACACGCCAAGUCGGACCAGCCCACUGACCUCUCCAACCAACUGCUCACAUGGAGGAAUGUCUCCAAGUCGGUUAUGGGGUUGGGGUGUCGAUGGCCUGUCAAAGCAACCCCCUGCCCCUACUCCUCUUCCUCCGCCUAACUCCACCUCUGCUGCCCCUUCUUUCAGGGUCCUGCGCAGAGCACACUCACCCAGCGUGAUGGAGUAUGACACUGAGAACAUGAACUCAGAGGACAUUUACAGCUCACUCCGUGGUGUGACUGAAGCCAUCCAAAGCUUUAGCUACCGGAGCCAGGAGGACCUCAAUGAGUCAAUCAGACGAGACGGCAAGCGAGAUGAUGCAGCUGGGAGAGACGGAGUGGCAUCAAUGCCUGCUUCUGACGCUCGCUUGGGCUUGGAUGUCCCGGAAGGGGGUCGAACUGCUUUGGACAACAAAACUUCACUGCUCAAUACGCCAUCACCGCGCUCCUUCUCCGGGCCACGAAGUCGGGAGUUUGCUCCUUACGGUCACGGAGAAACAAUCUGUACCUAUGACAAGAGUGCCCUUAAGGAGGCUGUUUUCGAUGAUGAUGUGGAGCAAUUUCGUGACUGCCGACGUAAAGAAAGUGGUGAAAACACGAUGAUGCUCUCUGUUGGUCAGGACAACUCUGACAUGGUUGCCGACCUGCUUAAGGAGUUGUCCAAUCACAAUGAGCGCUCUGAGGAACGUAAAGGUGCCCUGCUGGAGCUUCUGAAGAUCACGAGAGAAGACAGCCUGGCUGGGUGGGAUGAACAUUUUAAAACAAUCCUUCUCCUCCUGCUGGAGACACUCAGCGAUAAAGAUCAUACUAUCCGAGCCUUGGCACUGCGCGUACUGAAAGAAAUAUUAAAGAAUCAACCAGCCCGUUUCAAGCACUACGCGGAGCUAACCAUCAUGAAGACCCUCGAGGCCCACAAAGAUUCUCACAAAGAGGUGGUGCGUGCAGCUGAAGAAGCCGCGUCAACACUGGCUGGAUCCAUCAAUCCUGAACAAUGUGUCAAGGUGCUGUGCCCAAUAGUACAGACAGCGGAUUACCCAAUCAACCUGGCUGCCAUCAAGAUGGAAACCAAAGUCAUUGAGCGCAUUGCUAAGGACUCUCUAAUACAGUUGCUGGUGGACAUCAUCCCAGGACUCUUGCAGGGCUAUGACAACACAGAGAGCAGCGUUCGCAAGGCCAGCGUCUUCUGUCUGGUGGCUAUAUACUCCGUAAUUGGAGAGGAGCUCAAACCCCACUUGGCACAGCUCACUGGCAGCAAGAUGAAAUUACUGAAUCUAUACAUCAAGCGGGCCCAGACCACAAACAGCAAUAGCAGCAGUUCCUCCGAUGUCUCCUGUCACAGUUAAUGGAGGGAUAAUUCAGUGGAUAUCCUGCAGACGAACCUUGCCAACAAUCUUGUGGUCCCAACGGCUUCAAACGCCACCUAGUCUUCUGGAAAUCACAUCAUUUUAUUGCAGUUUUCUCACGAUUAACUGGUUUAUUUUUACUCUUCUGCCCAGCGCUCUUGUUCUGACAACUUUGGAAUGUAGUGUGGGUGAAGAGAGAUUUUUUUAUCCCCCCCUUCCCCCUUAUGAAUCACGUUGCGAUCGUUAUAUGACUGUGCACCGUUCUCUCGUUUCUGCUUUAGCGAUCAGAUUUAGCGAAAUCUAUUCGGCGAAUGACAUGCAUUAACAUUUGAGUGGGAUAAAAUAAAUUGAAUUUAAAACCAAUCCUGCACUAUGUAAAAUAAAUAAAUAAAUAAAUAGUCCUGUAUUAUAAUUUCAGGUAGUAUUUAAAGUAAAUUCGAAUCAAGAGGAGACUCUGCAUUGAAUGUUUUGUUUUGUAAUCUCAUUUUAAAUUGCAAUUGGCUACAAUCCGCUCUAUGUAAAAAAAAUAAAUAAUAAGUUUUAUGUUCAAUAUGCUUUUCUCAAGCUUGUUUGCGCGGCGGCUGUUGG